AUGAUCGAAGGGCAAACCUUGCAGGUCCCGGAUCUGGUGGCAUCACUAUAUUCAGAAUGGACCGUCGAGAGACAUCCGGACGAGGAGCAACUGCGGCAUGAGCUGGAAGAUGACUUUGUAGUGCGAUGGUGUCCCGAUCCCGAAAAGCGGAGGAAGAUGAGGAAAGGAGACUUUGCCCAGGUGGCGGGCUACUUCUGGGCUGGUAGUUCGCUCGAGCGAAUCCGUCCUCUGGCUGAGUUUAUGUAUUGGUAUUUCAUCUGGGACGACGAGAUCGACUGCGGCGACCUCCAAUCCGAUAAGAUCGGAAAAUCGCUGCAGACGGGUCACUCGAGAGAAGCCCUAGCCCGCUACGCAGCCUCAAUGUACAACUUUGUCAACGCCGUCUGCAACGUCCAGCAACAAUGGAUGACCAAUUUCCCUCCGUGGGAGGAAUACAUGGAGACGCGGAUGCAGACCGUUGGGAUUUACCCUUGUCUCAUGACUAUGGAGUACGCAUACGGCCUGAAUACUCCCAACUGGGUGUACAACCACCCGUCCAUCCAUGCUAUGUUCCAGGAAACGGCCUUCUCGUGCAUCAUAGUAAAUGACAUCGUAUCUCUCCAGAAAGAACUAAUCGCCAUUCCGACAAACAAUACUGGGCACAGAGCUACGCAGAUAGUAGACCAGAUCGACAGCGUGAUCCCGUUGAAGAUGUUCCACGGGGGUCAUCGAGAUGCGCAGACUGCGUUGAACGAGGUCCUGGGUGAGCUAAAGGAAUCUAGGGUCCGGUUGGAUGAAGCUGAACGGUCUUUUUUGUCAUCCGCGGAGUAUUGCGGUGUAGAAUGGAGGCAGCAACGAGAUGAUAUUGCGGUUCUGAUUCAAGGUUGCAAGAAUGCUAUUCUGGGGAAUUUGAAGUGGUCGUCAGUUUUGUCUGAGAUUGGUUUGGAUGGGUGUGGAAGGCUGACUGUUGAUUAG